AUGAUACACCAAAUUUACAUCCUAAUUUCUUCUUCAAAGCAAGUGUGGCUGCAGGCACCCGAACGGCACGUGCAACUUCGGGUGUGGAGUUUGAGUGGUGAGAAGGACGAAGUUUGGAAGUGCCCUGUUGAGCUCUGGCAUGAAAUCGUGAGCCGCUACUCCGGCCUGAGCCUCAGCAAAGAGCAGGAGCGGCUUGCUGCCAUCGCCACCAUCUCCAGGCAACUCUCAUUCUAUCGCCCAGCAGAAGUAUACAUGGCAGGGCUACGGUCGGGCUCGCUGUUGCUGGACCUGAUGUGGCGCAGCUUUAUUCCCAGUCACGGAAACCAGGAGUCGACGUGGACUUCGUCGUCGGCAGUAUCGGCAGUGAAUUUCAUGCCCUUUCAAGGCAUCGCGCGUCAAAUUUGUCGACUACAUGUACCAAAGAGGAGGCUCAGACCCUCUUCGGCAUCACUCAAGGCACGCCUAUCACACCUAAUCCGGUUGUUCCCAUACGCCUGGUAA